GUCUCAUCAUCGAAUCUAUCGUUUCUGCCAUUUCUAUCUUUCAGUCUCAGUGUCUGUGGAGUGUUUGUUCACUAAAACAAAAACCAUGUCUCCGGGACCCGUUGUUGAAGCCGCCGCCGAUGCCGGAACCGAGCCACAAGUGCCCUCCGUCGAAGAGGCAGCCCUGAAGAAGAAACCUCACCCCCAGGAGGAUGAUGCUCCCAUCGUAGAGGAUGUGAAGGACGACGAAAAAGAUGAAACCGAAGACGAGGAUGAGGACGAGGACGAUGACAAGGAUGACGCCCAAGGUGGUACUGAGGGAUCGAAGCAGAGCAGAAGUGAGAAGAAGAGCCGAAAAGCAAUGCUGAAGCUGGGAUUGAAACCUGUUAGUGGUGUUAGUAGGGUCACAAUCAAGAGGACAAAGAAUGUUCUUUUUUUCAUCUCAAAACCUGAUGUCUUCAAGAGUCCAAAUUCUGAGACCUAUGUCAUAUUUGGGGAGGCAAAAAUAGAGGACUUGAGCUCUCAGUUGCAGACACAGGCUGCUCAACAGUUCAGGAUGCCAGAUGUGGGAUCCGUGCUGGCAAAACAAGACCAAGAUGCUGCAGCUGCAUCCGCGCAGCCUGAAGAAGAGGAGGAGGUUGAUGAGACUGGUGUUGAACCUCAUGACAUUGAUUUGGUGAUGACCCAGGCAGGAGUUUCUAGAAGCAAGGCUGUCAAGGCCCUCAAGACUCACGACGGGGACAUUGUUGGUGCGAUCAUGGAGCUCACUACUUAGCUUCUGUUUAUGUUCUUUGUUGUUGUUGAUUUUUGGGGAUGAUUUUGGAACUAAUGCCAUCCUUAUUAUUUUGUGGUACUCAAACCAUAUCACUGGUGCAUAUGGUUGUGUUUACCUUAUAAUUUUGUUGCUAUCUAAGAUUUGUGGUACUAUAUGAUGAUGAAUGAUCAUAUUAUUUUGUUGUUUUUA